GCUACAUGUUUCGUCUGUUGAACCACUCCAGCAGAGCAUAGAGAGUCAAUGCUAAUGCGUGUUUAACCACGGUCGACAUCUAGGUCUACCUCACUUUUUACAUAUAGAAGACAACUUAGACAUUUAGAAUAGUAUACAAUUAGAAAUCAUGACAAAACCAGACUUCGGUGAACCUGAUAACAUGGAAGAAAGUAAUGAUAUGGCAAGUUCGAAACCAGGAAGGAGUAGUAGCAGACUUAGGAGAGUGCAAUCCAGUGGGGGAAAGAGAGGAAGGAGGCCCUCUAGAGUUGAUCGUGAUGCCAAGUUAGAGAGGAGUAGACAAAGUGCCAGAGAAUGUCGUGCAAGGAAGAAGCAGAAGUACCAGUUGCUAGAAGAGACAGUUGCAGAGAAGGAGAAAAAGAUUGUAGUGCUUAGGGAAAAACUUGAAAAGUACAAGAACUUUUGUCAGCUGAUGGACAAUGGAGAGAUUCCAGUAGAUAUUCAUCGGAGCCUGCAGGCAGAUGAAGCUCUAGCUGUCAAGGAAGCAGAGGCAGCGAUGCGACCGAGCACAUCCAAGAGCACUCGCCCCCAGCCAGUGUUAGCGACCGGGGUAGAUUCCAGCAGUGAGGAAGAUUCAGACUGAUAUUCUUUAAAGGCAUCGUCUAACAAUGUAAAUCUGAGAUGCAUGGCCCUACGUGUUAUCAGUGUCUGUGAUAUGGUGUAAUAUUGAAGCCCUAAAAAGAAAA